AUGCAGUUAAACUUCAAGAUAUGCAAUGCGUUGAAAAUUGUGAAUAAAAAAUAUUUCGAACAAACCAGUUUGGCAAACUUUGAAUAUAUUUAUGGAAAUGGUGUCAUUGUUGAUGAUGAUGGAUACUUGCCUUUACCUCAAGGAAAUAGCCAAACUAGUAUCGAUAAUACCAACAUUAACUCUAAUGCCAAUGAUAUUAUUGUUGAAGAUAUUAAUGUUCCUACUAAAGAAUUGAAAGGUUGGAAAAUUUUUUCAUUUUGGUUUCCAACAAUGUGUGAUAUUUGUGGUGCUAAACUUUGGUUGAAAUUAGCUAUAGCUGAAAAAGAGUUGGGCAUAACUGGCAUUGCUGUAGAUGCCAUUCAAGAAAUGGAAGAACACUUGACUUUAACCGAAGAAGAUUUUAAAGUAGCAGCAAUAGAAGAGAAAAAACGUCGUCAUGAUGUUAUAGCACAUGUUCAUACAUUUGGUUUAGUUGCACCAAAAGCAGCUGGAGUGAUUCAUUUGGGAGCAACAAGUUGCUAUGUAACAGAUAAUGGAGAUUUAAUUAUUUUACGUAAUGGGUUAGAAUUGUUGAUAAAUAAGUUAGUUGUGGUGAUUGAUCGUUUGAGUAGAUUUGCUGAUACCUAUAAAGGUUUACCAACUUUGGGUUUUACUCAUUUUCAACCAGCUCAAUUAACCACUGUUGGUAAAAGAACUACACUUUGGCUUCAGGUUGAACAACGAAUUACUUUGGGAUUAAGGAAUUUUGAACGUGCGAAAAAUGAUAUUGCAUUUCGUGGUGUUAAAGAAGAACUUGAUAGACGAGUUACUGAAUUAUUAGAUUUUAAAGAAGCAUAUCCAGUAACAAGACAAACAUAUUCACCUACAGAUAUUAGGCUGUUGGAAAAUCUCAAAGAGAUAGAAGAACCAUUCGAGAAGGAUCAAAUAGGUAGUUCUGCUAUGGCAUAUAAAAGAAAUCCUAUGCAAUGUGAAAGGGUUUGUAGUCUGGCUAGACAUCUGAUGACACUCAAUAACAAUGCCUUGAUGACCAAUAGUGUACAAUGGUUAGAAAGAACUUUAGAUGAUAGACAUAUAUUGGAAGGACUUGUAGUCUAUCCUAAAGUUAUAGAACAUCAUAUAGCACAUGAAUUGCCUUUUAUGGCAACAGAGAAUAUUAUAAUGACAAUGACAUGUCAUGAAGAGAUUAGAGUCUUAAGUCAUCAAGCUGCAAAAAAAGUCAAGGAUGAUGGUGAAGAAAAUGAUUUAAUUGAGAGAAUUAAAAAGACUGAAUAUUUUAAACCAAUUUGGGAUGAGCUUGAAUCAUUGCUGGAUUUAAAACCAUUUAUUGGAUGUGCACCACAACAAGUUGAUAAAUUUUUAAAAGAAUAUGUACAGCCAUCACUUUAA